GGGGACAAUAACGGAGUUAACGGAGACCUGAACGCCAACUCGAGGUACCAGAGCACCGGGGACCCGCAGCUGGACAAGUCCGUGCACCAGUGGUUGAGCUGGGACAAGAACCUGAGGACUCGGGCUCAGGUGGAGUCCCUGCUGGCUGACAGUCAUCACGACGAUUUGAGGAUGAGACUCUGCAGCAGGAUGAGUUUCGGCACGGCUGGACUCCGAGCGCCGAUGGGAGCUGGAUUCAACCGGAUUAACGAUCUCACCAUCAUCCAGUCCACACAGGGUUUGUAUUCCUACCUGUCCAGGUGUUUUGCAGACUUCAGCAGCAGAGGAGUGGUUGUUGGUUUUGACACCAGAGGGCAGGAGGAGAGCGGCUGCAGCAGCGAGCGAUUUGCGAAGCUGACGGCGGCCGUGAUGCUGAGCAGAGACGUUCCUGUUCAUCUCUUCUCCACGUUUGUCCCCACGCCGUACGUGCCGUACGCUGUGAAGAAGCUGGGCGCGGCGGCCGGUGUGAUGAUCACAGCGUCUCACAACGCCAAAGAGGACAACGGAUACAAGGUGUACUGGUGUAACGGUGCUCAGAUCUCUUCGCCUCACGACAAGGAGAUCCUGCGGAGUAUCGAGGAGCAGCUGGAGCCAUGGAGCGCCUCCUGCUGGGAGGAGGAGUUGGUGCACAGCAGCUCCCUGAGGACUGACCCCCUGAGCCAGAUCAACUGCUGUUACAUGGACGAGCUCACCUCCCUCUGCUAUCACAGGGAUCUGAACAGAAGUUGUCCGUUAAAGUUCGUCCACUCGUCAUUCCAUGGUGUGGGACACGUCUUUGUCCAGCAGGCCUUCCUCACCUUCGGCUUGGCUCCCCCGAUCCCCGUCCCCGAGCAGAAGGACCCCGACCCAAACUUCUCGUCCGUCCGCUGCCCAAACCCCGAGGAGGGGGAGUCGGUGCUGGAACUUUCUCUUCUUCUGGCAGAGAAGGAAAAUGCUCGGAUUGUUCUGGCCACAGAUCCCGACGCCGACCGUUUGGCUGUAGCCGAGAAAUCUGACGGGUGUGGUUGGAAGGUGUUCACAGGUAAUGAGCUGGCCGCUCUGCUGGGUUGGUGGAUGUUCUUUAAUUGGAAGGAGGCUCAUCCGGAUCCUGCAGACUCUCAGAAGGUCUACAUGUUGGCCACCACCGUGUCCUCCAAGAUCCUGCAGACCUUCGCUCGCAUCGAGGGCUUCCACUUCGAGGAAACUCUCCCUGGGUUUAAAUGGAUCGGGAACAGGAUAAAUGAACUGUCCAAAACAGGAAAUGAGGUCAUAUUUGCCUUCGAGGAGUCGAUUGGUUUCCUGUGCGGGGGUCUGGUCCCUGAGAAAGACGGCGUAAGUGCUGCGGCGGUUGUGGCUGAAAUGGCGGCGUACCUCCACACCAAGAACCUGAGUCUGAGCCAACAACUCCUCAACAUCUACCAGACGUACGGUCUUCACCUGUCUAAAACCUCCUACGUGGUCUGUAACGACCCCCCCAUCAUCCAGAAGAUCUUCAGCCGGAUCCGAAACUUUGACGGAGAAGGUUCGUACCCGAAAACGUGCGGCGGCGUCCAGAUCGUCCACGUCAGAGAUGUAACCACGGGAUACGACAGCAGCCAACCCGACCUCAGAUCAGUACUUCCUGUGACGAGGAGCAGUCACAUGAUCACCUUCACGCUGCAGAACGCCGUCGUGGCAACGCUGAGGACGAGCGGCACCGAACCCAAAAUCAAAUGUUAUACCGAGUACUGCACCGCUCCGGGGGAGGGGGAGGUGUCCCGUCUGGAGGAGGAGCUUAAGAAGAUCACCGCCGCUCUGCUGGACGACUUCCUGGAGCCCGAGAGGAACAACCUUAUUCGCCGCUGUGUCUAGCUCCGCCUCCUGUACCUGCUCCCGUCCAAUCAUCCCACAGCUGCUUCCUGCUGGUGAUGUCACAUCCUGUCUUGCUUGUAGACCAAUCAGAGCAGCCUCUGUGUGCUGUCGUUAUCAGUAGUUUGAUUGUUUAUCCCGCAGCAGAGAGCAUGAUGGGUAAAAAGUUCAGGGACUGUGUGUGAGGGCCGAGCGAGAGAGGAACGUUUACAACCAAAUAUUUACUGUCAGACUUUUUAUGGACGUUCAUUAACAACCAAACGUUUCCCAGCUACGGUGGGCUGUAGCUGUCGUCAUGACAACACUCCAGUAAAGGAGAGAGGAGUGAGAGGGAGAGAAGGAGAGAGAGAGAGAGAGGAGGAGAGAGAGAGAGGAGAGAGAGAGGAAGAGAGAGAGAGAGAGAGAGGAAGAGAG